AUGGAGGAACUCCUAAAGCUACAAUUAGAGAAGGACGAGAAGAAAAUCCAACAGUUCAAAUCUGUCCCCCCCCCGCCUCCUUUAAAGGACUGCAAAGCAGAAAUGCAGUUAUUCCAAUUUCAAAUUGAGUCUGAAAAAGAGAAAGGAAAACUGAAAGAUGAGAUGAUUAAGGAUCUGCGUGCGGAUAAGCUCCGACUGCAUCUGGCACACAAGGAGAAAGCCCCGCCUCUAAUGAAAAAGAAGGAGGAGAUGGUGGAGAAAGUUCAACCAUUAAAACCUGACAAGAAAAUUGAAGAGGACACAAACUGCCCUCUACCACCUAUGGAUAACCACCCAGAUUGUAUGGGGAAAUUUAAGUGGCUGAGUCAGAUGUGGGAGAGUCAACCUUGCUACGCGGGUUACGGGGUCAACGGAUCUGUGUGCUCCUUCUUGAUCUACCUCAGUGAGGUAGAGAAUUGGUGUCCUGUACUUCCAUGCAGAGUACUUCUAUCUAAAAAAGCAGAGGCGGGAUCGGACUACACAGUGGUACGGGAAAAUUUUACAGAUUUGUAUCCAUCUAUGGAAAAGAGAUCCCAGUUUCGUUGGAUUGAGCAAAGAAUUCGCAGUAUGGAAAGGGUUUGGGUCGAGGCUGGGCGCUCUCUUUCAGCCAAAUAUAAGGAGAGGAAAGCUAAAAAG